CACACUCAUACGCGCCAUGCAGAACUGGCGGAUAAACUCAGGUGGUCUAUACGUUGUCCUGGUGAAUCAUAACAUAUCCUAUUAUGCAUGCGGUCUUCUGUUCUCGGUUACGAACAUCAUCACAUCGCUGCUCCUCCAGUACUACGCCUACCAAACUAUUUUGUAUAGUGUCCAGUGCAUCAUGCUUGCAAUUCUUGCCACGUGCAUGCACCUCCAUCUCUGGCAGGUGAAUCAACAUCCACACAGCUCUACUAACACCCUUGUGCAUGUUCCAAUAUCCGACAUUUCAUUUGCAAAUCCCACGGCGUGAUUGUCUUAUCCCGUGACUUAUUCGGUAUCGUUCAUGGAGCGAGGUUUGGACCGUACAAGAUGACUGGUGGGAGUGGGUUUGGUAGAGUUGGUUACGUGCUUAACUUAUAGGAUGAAUCUGUCGCAGGGCGGUAGGAGCAUUUGGAUGUCCUUGAUCUAUUUAAGACCUGUAUUUUUCAGUGUAAGCGGUGGCGGCGCAGGGAUCCAAAUCUUGAGUGUGCUAGACCCAAAAUCAA